AUGAACGCUUUGCUCAGCUCCUUCAACACGGUCGAGACGAUAGCGCCAGCGGCUGGUACGGCCAGGACCGACGCGUCCAUACACGCAGAAAGAGCCGCUGGAGCCAGCACUCCAAGCCUGCUCAGCCGAGGUCCAUCCUUAGACAUCUCCGAUAUUGAAAAACACUGCGCACGACCGAAACCGCUUAGCGAUCUGCUUCGCGCGCCGAAUCAAACACAAGUGCGCCGACGCCGCUUCGAACGCCACUCAAGCUUAAUAACCUCGUAA